AUAAGAGAGAGAAAGAUCUGAUCCACAAUGGAGGGAGUGUGUUUGAGGAAAUCAAGACCCUGAGAUUCCCAAACAGCUGGUUCGACGACCAGGCAUCGUCAAAGUAUUACAGAACAACUGAUACUGAGUGGGGAGGAUCGAGCAGGAACAGAAAUGGCGAGGAUGUAUUUUUACAAGGAUGUUGUUCCACUCUGUGCACUUAUUGCAAUAGAGAGCAUUAACGUUAGUGCCAGCAUUCUGUUCAAAGCAGCCACUCUCAAAGGCAUGGAUUACUACGUCUACAUUGUCUAUUCCACUGCUGUUUCCACUCUGGUUCUUCUUCUCCCUCUUCCCUUCAUUCUCCGUCGGUCCGCUGGGCUUCCUUCAUUCACACCGUCUCUGCUUUUCAGAAUUUUCCUCCUUGGACUGAUCGGGCUUGGAGCGCAGCUUUGCGGAGCCAAAGCCAUUCAGUACAGUUCACCCACUCUGGCUGCUGCGAUGAGCAACCUGAUUCCCGCUUUUACCUUCAUACUCGCCGUCUUCUUCAGGAUGGAAAAGGCAGAAUUAACGAGUUCCAGCACUCAGGCCAAGAUCAUGGGUUCGGUGGUAUCCAUAGCCGGUGCACUCGCAGUUGUUCUCUUCAGGGGUCCUCCACUUAUACCAGCAUCUUCUCCAUCUCCACCUCCUCCUCCUCCAGCAAAUUCUUCAGUGGAUUCAUCAUCCCCGCAAACGAAAUGGGUUCUCGGUGGUUUCCUACUUCUUGUUCAGUACCUUCUAGUUCCAAUCUUGUAUAUUGUUCAGACCCAAGUUAUAAAAGAAUAUCCAGCAAAGCUGAUAGUGGUGUUCUUGUACAACCUUUGCGGGACUAUUAUAUCAGCACCAGUGUGUUUCAUAGCACAACCGGACCUGAGUGCUUGGAGGAUAAAGCCUGACAUCACAUUGAUCUCCAUUAUUUACUCAGGACUCUUUGUCACGUUCUUAAGCUGUCUGAUUCACAUGUGGGGUCUCCAUCUGAAAGGCCCUGUGUAUGUGUCAAUCUUCAAGCCGCUCUCGAUCGCCAUUGCAGCUGCUAUGAGUGUCAUUUUCCUGGGCGAUGCUCUGCAUCUAGGCAGCGUUAUUGGAGCAGUAAUACUGUCGGUCGGCUUUUAUGCGGUGAUAUGGGGGAAAGCGAAAGAGGAAGAAGAGUUGAAGGAGAACUAUGGCUUAAGCAGCUCAGAAGUGCAACCACAUUGCAGGACUCCCUUGUGGCAGAGCUACAACAAAGGGGAAGACGGAAUGGCAUGUAACGAAACUCAGGUACAGGUUUAUGACUUAUGCAAGCAGGAAACAGUGUAGAAAAUGUUGGAUGCUUAGGAGCCUGUACUUGGUUUAAGACUUGAAAUCUUUUUGCAUUUUGAAUUGCUUUGUGAACAUUACUGAGCUUUUAACUUCUCCUGUCUGCUGCUCCAUGAGAAAAAGUUACAAAGUGGGGAAUAUUUAGUAUUUGGCAGACAUAUCUGAGGACAUGUGAGAAAAAAUGAAAAAGAAAAAGUUCUCGUGUA